AGCGCCAGAGAGAGAAGUCUGGACUGAGUGCAGGUCUCUGGAAUCCUUACCAGAGGGGAGAACCAAUCUCUCCCAGUAGGAGUCUCUUCUGCUCUACUCCCACGGUGACAUGUCGGACCCUGAGACUACGGGAUGGGUGCCUGAGCCCCCGGCCAUGACGCUGGGAGCCUCCAGGGUGGAGCUCCGGGUCUCCUGCCAUGGCCUCUUGGACCGAGACACGCUCACCAAGCCCCACCCCUGCGUGCUGCUCAAGCUGUGCUCGGAUGAGCAGUGGGUAGAGGUGGAACGCACGGAGGUGCUGCGCGCCUGCUCCAGCCCUGUCUUCUCCCGGGUGCUGGCCCUGGAGUACUUCUUUGAGGAGAAGCAGCCGCUGCAGUUCCACGUGUUUGAUGCCGAGGAUGGCUCCACCAGCCCCCGGAACGACACCUUCCUGGGCUGCACGGAGUGCACCUUGGGCCAGAUUGUGUCACAAACCAAGGUCACAAAGCCACUGCUGCUAAAGAACGGGAAGACGGCGGGCAAGUCCACCAUCACGAUCGUGGCUGAAGAAGUCUCCGGGACCAAUGAUUACGUACAGCUCACCUUCCGAGCCCAUAAACUGGACAACAAGGAUUUGUUCAGCAAGUCCGACCCUUUCCUAGAGAUCUAUAAGACCAAUGGGGAUCAGAGUGACCAGCUGGUCUGGAGGACCGAGGUGGUGAAGAAUAACCUCAACCCCAGCUGGGAGCCAUUCCGCCUGUCCCUGCACUCCCUGUGCAGCUGUGACAUCCAGCGGCCUCUCAAGUUCCUGGUGUAUGACUAUGACUCCAGUGGGAAGCAUGACUUUAUCGGCGAGUUCACCAGCAGCUUCCAGGAGAUGCAGGAAGGGACAGCAAGUCCUGGGCAAGAGAUGCAGUGGGACUGUAUCAACCCCAAAUACCGAGACAAGAAGAAGAACUACAAGAGCUCAGGGACCGUAGUGCUGGCCCAGUGCACGGUGGAGAAAGUGCACACCUUCCUGGACUACAUCAUGGGCGGCUGCCAGAUCAGCUUCACGGUGGCCAUUGACUUCACUGCCUCCAAUGGGGACCCCAGGAGCAGCCAGUCCCUACACUGCCUCAGCCCCCGCCAGCCCAACCACUACCUGCAGGCCCUGCGGGCAGUUGGCGGCAUCUGCCAGGACUAUGACAGUGAUAAAAGAUUCCCAGCAUUUGGCUUUGGGGCGAGAAUCCCUCCCAACUUUGAGGUGUCCCACGACUUUGCCAUCAACUUUGACCCAGAAAAUCCUGAAUGUGAAGAGAUCUCCGGGGUCAUCACUUCCUACCGCCGCUGCCUGCCCCAGAUCCAGCUGUACGGGCCCACCAACGUGGCUCCCAUCAUCAACCGAGUGGCCGAGCCGGCGCAGCGGGAGCAGAGCACCGGCCAAGCCACGAAGUACUCGGUGCUGCUGGUGCUCACGGAUGGCGUGGUCAGCGACAUGGCCGAGACCCGCACGGCCAUCGUCCGUGCCUCCCACCUGCCCAUGUCCAUCAUCAUCGUGGGCGUGGGCAACGCCGACUUCUCGGACAUGCGGCUGCUGGACGGCGACGACGGCCCCCUGCGGUGUCCCCGAGGGGUGCCCGCAGCCCGAGACAUCGUCCAAUUCGUGCCCUUCCGGGACUUCAAGGAUACCCCACCCUCGGCUCUAGCUAAGUGUGUCCUGGCUGAGGUGCCCCGGCAGGUAGUGGAGUACUACGCCAGUCAAGGAAUCAGCCCUGGGGCUCCCAGGCCCUGCACACCGGCCACCACACCCAGCCCUAGUCCAUGAUGCCACUGCUGGACAGGACCGACUCUCCCACAGCCUCUCAGAGUGCAUGUCUCCCUCCCAGGUGCCUGUCUCUACCCUUGUGACUCCAGUGACCAGUGCCUCUGCCUCUUGGACAAGCUGUGCUCCUCUGGGCUCUGGGAUCCAGUGGUGGGCCUUGCCCCCACCUCUCCAGGCCUCCUGCCCCUCAGCCUUGUGGCCCCUUGGUGACUUCCUUCUGUGGUCAUCCUGACUUUCUGGUCUUGAAUAAAGGAAACCGCCUAAGCACCUCAA